AUAACUAAACUUAAUCCACUCACAGGUUUGCACGUAUCGCUUUACAGUGGUGUGUACAGUUCGUGUAUCGCGUUUACAAAGUCUAUAGGUACUAACACCAAACAAUUGUUGGGCUACACUGGAAUACUGGUCGGAGUCGGCGAAGUCAUAGGUGGUUUGUUAUGCAGCGUUUUGGGUAAAAAGUCUGAGAGAUCCAAUUCAAAAUUCAGUGGCCUGAGUCGUUCCACCGUGAUAAUUAUCAGUUUUUUCAUCAACAUCGUAGCAUACGGCUUGAUCUUUGUCAAUCUACCGAAUGAUUCUCCAUUCGGCGAUACUAACACCAAAUCGAUUUUAAAACCUAAGUAUGGCAUUUUUUCUUAAAUCCAUCAUUUAAAAUUUGUGUUAAACGAUCUAAUUGUUUUACUAUAUAAUAUCUAUAAUGCAGCGUAUCACAUGUAACACUAAUUCAA